AUGGAACAUCGAGUCCUAAUGGCCGCCACUGAAUCCAUGGCCACAACACUAACCAAUUGCAUACAGUGUUUGGCACAACACCCGGACAUCCAGAAGCGGGCCUACCAUGAAGUAAGCGCUAAGAUCGGGUGCCAACACCGGAUCAAUUGGGAAACCCUGCGUGAGCUUCACUACACCGAGGCGUUCAUUAAGGAGACCCUACGGCUAAACACUCCUUUCCCGAGGUUUGAACGGGUGGUCAAACGGGACUUUCAACUCUGCACUGAUAUGUAUGGCCCGGUAUUGCUGCCCAAAGGCUCCAUAGUGUCUGUGUUGGCCGUAGUGGUUCAUACGGACCCGGACUACUUCCCGGAGCCAAUGAUUUUUAACCCGGAUAGGUUUUUGCCCGGCCAUCAGCAUUUAAUUACGCCCAAGGCGUUUAUGCCCUUUGCCAACGGCCCACGCAUGAAAUCUGCGUUUUUCCAACUCAAGCACUUAUUAGCUCAUCUAUUGCUAAACUACCGCAUUGAAUAUAUUGACCAGACCGGCAACGAAAGUACCAAGGAUACACUACGCAAUAUUGCCGUUUAUAACAUUAAAUUCAUUAAACAUUGUAAUAUUAAUAAUAAUUGCGGCGAGAAAUGUACCGAGGUUAAAUGUGCGCCCGAUUCUAUCAUGAAUCAUUUUGAAGACAAGGCCACAUAA